GUGCUCGGCGGUUCGUUUUCCCGAGGCUCAACUAGCUGAACGACCCGACCUCAUCGUGAUCGAACUACUACUUCAGGACAACAAACUUCAUCCGGCAUGUUGCCCUCGUUCGCUCGCCAAGGCGCUCCCAUCCGUUCCUUCCAUCCCUCAACAUACGCCCUCGCUGUAGUAACCUUCCUCUCGCUCAGCUUUAUUCUCGCUCCGUCAUGGAUGUCGGAACGAGAUUCGAGUCUAGCUCGACACGCCACACCUCAUGAGGAGAACUUUACGAAAGCUACGACGAACCGUCUGUACCCUCAGGUCGUUGUGCUGGGAGAUUCGAUCGCGGAGCGCAGUUUCGAUGAAGCAGAGGGCUACGGCAUCAAGCUUACUAGCAUGUACGCCGGGAAGAUGGACGUCCUGAACCGAGGUUUCGGUGGCUACAAUUCUCGGCAAUUGCUCAAAAAGCUGAAAGAGGACAUGCCCCUUGACGACGUCCGGCUGUUUAUCAUCCACGUAGGAACCAAUGAUGCGGUGAUCACUGGAGAGCAAAAGAUUGAGGGCGACGAGUUUCAGAAGAACAUGUUCGCCAUCCUAGACUACAUAUCGGAGGCCCACCCUGCCGCCCGUGUCCUCUGCGUCACGCCAUCGACGUUGCAACCCGACUGGUGGCUCGCUCACAUGCGCAAUCUCCACACUCCGGAUGGCGGCGAUCCGAUCACCGAGUCUGACCGUACGAUCGCUAGCAACAAAAAGUACGUCCAGUUGCUCAGGACCAUCGUCAAGGAGUGGAACAAGGUCCGGGUCGAAUCGCAAGACGGCAAAGGGAACAAGGUCGCCAUCGUGGACGCCUUUCGAGCGCAUGCGGUCGCCAAGGGACAGCACGGGGUGACCAACGAGAUGCUGUUCACGGACGGACUGCAUUGGAGUUCCAAGGGAUACAUGAUCGUGACGAGGGAGAUCAUGAAGAUGCUCCCGGUAUUUGAAGAAUUGAUACCUGGCAAGCUGCCUUACGCGUACGAACCCUGGGCACAGUACAAAGCGUGAAGUAGUGACAGAGCUCUGGGAUAGUCGUAUCUGGUUUAUGCAUAGUUGUUGUAUUGUAUAAGAGAUGAUAUUUUCGUAGGGUUGUUGUGGUAAAAGUUA